AUAAAAGGCCCUUAUCCCAAGAGGUGCCUUAUCCAUUUGAUAGCUUGCCUUGAUAGACAGUGUCUUCUCAGUGAUCCGUGGGGGUUACCCAAAACACAGAAAAGAUGAGCCAACAACAACAGAGAGGAGGGAGCUGCUGCUGCUGUUGCUGUGGUGGAAGUGGUGGUCGUGGUGGAUGCUGCGGAUGCUGUGGUGGAGGAUCUUCUUCGUCUCAGCAAAGCCAGCAAAGUGGAGGAUGCUGUGGGGGUAGAAGCAGAGGAAGCGGUGGCUGCUGUGGGUGUUGUGGUGGCUGUUGUGGUGGCAGAAGCAGCGGUGGCUGUUGUAGUGGAGGAUCUUCUCAACAGAAGCAGGUGAAAGUCCUUCCCCAGAAGCUGAAGUAGAUGCCUUCAAGAAGAAUCAAGGCUCUGGAACACCAUCUCAGCCUGCCAUGGCAGAUCUCUUCUUUCUUUCCUGACCAGCUUCAGCUAUUGUUUCCAAAUCAUAACCUUGAUAUGCUGAACUGGGAAAUGCAGUGUUUCCAUUCUCCCCUCUCAAAAUCCUUGAGAAGGCAUUAAACGUUUCUCACAUGCAA